GCCAUUUUGGGGGCAGUAAGACCGAGCGUGGCUGAGCACCCAACACCUCUGCCCGGCACCAUGAGCGAGGCGCCGGAGACCAGUACCGCCAGCCCCGCGCCCGCCGCGCCGCCCGUCCCGACUGCGGCUGCCGCGCCGCCCGCGCCCGCCGUCCCGGACGCCGCUCCCAAGAGCCCCGCCAGCGCCGCCGCGCCGGGUGCGGCUGUUGCUGAGGCUGCCCCCGGCGCCGCCGCAGCAGCCACAACCACAACCGCGGUGGUCGAGUCGGCGAAGAAAGUGCUGGCCACCAAAGUUCUUGGCACAGUCAAGUGGUUCAAUGUCAGAAAUGGAUAUGGUUUUAUCAACAGAAAUGAUACCAAAGAAGAUGUGUUUGUUCAUCAGACGGCGAUAAAGAAAAACAAUCCACGGAAGUACCUGCGCAGCGUUGGCGAUGGAGAGACUGUAGAAUUUGAUGUGGUUGAGGGAGAGAAGGGUGCAGAAGCAGCUAAUGUCACUGGUCCAGAUGGAGUCCCUGUGGAAGGCAGCCGCUACGCUGCAGACCGGCGCCGCUAUCGACGGGGCUACUUUGGCCGACGCCGGGGCCCACCUCGGAGUCAGGGUGGUGAGGGAGAAGUCAAGGAUGGGGUCACAGAAGGAGGACAACUUCAGCAAGUGCACAGGAAUCCUACCUACCGUCCCCGCUAUCGCAGAGGGCCCCCUCGCCCACGCCCUGCCCCAGUGACUGGAGAGGCUGAAAACAAGGAGAACCAUCAUGAGGCCAAUGCCAUGAGCCAGCAGCCGCUGCGCCGCAGCUACCGGCGCCCCUACAACUACCGGCGCCGGCCGCGCCCAGCCAGUGCUCUGGCACAGGAGGGCAAAGAGACAAAGGCAACUGAAACACCUGCUGAAAAUUCUGCUCCAGUGACAGAGCAGAGUGGCGCUGAGUAAUGUCCGGCUCCCCAGGCACCUUUACCAUCGCUCAGUCUCUUUGCAGAUGCCGAGUUCAAAGCCAUGGCUUUAGACAUCAUUCUGCUUUCUGCUGGUUUGGCUUUUUGGAGAACCAAUGAGCCUUCAGUACCACUGUGAUUUUGUAGAGAGAAAGUCCAUGCUCUGAACUCCUCAGAGCUAUAGGGAAAAUCAUCUGCGUGAGCCAAGUGGCAGUGGGAUCCUUUCGCAGGUGUAAAGGGGAUGAGAAGAUUUUGGAGGCCGUGUCAGAUAAGUGGUAGCUUAAACUUUCUAUUUUGUGCUGUUUGCAAUAAUGGAGCAAGGCUGCUGUGAUUGAAUUUUUAGUCCUAGAGCAGGACAAUGAUGCACUGAGCAAAAAAUGGAUCUUGAUGACUUAGUACCACCAGCUGAUGAGAUGAGUUAUUAAUAUCUUAAGGUUUUAAAAUGUGAUAGAAAAGACUCAGAGCUUCAUUAUAUUUUCUGACUCGUGUCAAAAUACAUUAUUCUUCAAUGUUUGGCUGUAACUUUUGACUUGUAAAUGGUGACUUGAAGAGGACCACAAAGGUCCUUAAAAUUAAUCAAUUACACACUGCCGCUUUCAUGCCAGUAGUGCCUAUGUGAUACAGUUCUUGUUCAGAAAAAAAUAUAAUUAUUUUAGUAGUAUGUGCAAAUAGAGGUGUUAGAUUCAGUUUCAGGAAAAAUUGCUGCAAGAAUCUGGACUGAAAUUUUGAAAAUAUACUGAAAGGUAGAACAGCUCAUAUGGAUUCUUGAGCCUUUCUGAUGUAAUUGGGGCUAUAAUGAAGAACUGGAGGGCAGUAGUAGUAAAUGAAAUAAAUAUUCUAAACAGAGCUCUAGGACAUGUUCUGACAUGGUCAAGAUGCCUGAGUGUGAAAUGUUCUCAUUUCAGCCCCCUUUCAGUUGUUUUAGACUGGAAAGAAGGGCACAUUUCCAUUGGAAUUAUACAGGAGGCUUUGUAUAAGUCUCAUGUGUUUCUUGGUAAGAAACUGAUAAUGGAAACUCUAAAACAGAAUAUUGAGAAUACUUAUGGCUCCACUUGGUGGCUCUUGGAUAGGUUACUCUUGGGCAUCAGCCUCUUGACUUGCCAACAGGUGCAGUGCAUAACUAAGAUCAGUAAAUUUUGCUGUGCCAUGGAUGGUAAAAGCAUUGCAGUGUUAAACACCAUGCUACUGCUGACACUUCUCAUCACAGAAAAUGGGUGCUGGGGAGUUAAGAGAUGUCAGCAAUCCACUUUACUAGCACAGUUUGUGAGCACUAGAUGGGGCUGUUACUCCACUUAUUUUUUUCUGGAAAUUUAUGGAUGCACCCCUGUGACAGGAAAUAAAGGUGUUGCAAUGUGGGCUAUCUGGGUUCUCCUGCAGGCUCUAGGGAGGCUGAAAUAGGGUAGAUGGUAAGUAAUAACCCAAUAAAUAAAUAAAGGAAAAAAAUUGUUAAGUUAAAAUACAAAUAUCUUGCUGUAUAGUUUUUCUAGGAAUAAGCACUGCUGCCUAUCCCUAACUUUCCUCUCAUAAUCGUCACAUAACUGCAAAGAAAAUCUUGGGGAGAAGUGAAGACCUACCCAUGGGAAAGUCAAGUGUAGAUUCAAAGUUUGUUCUUACCAUUUGUACCUCUAGAAAUACUUGGUGUUAAAAAACAAACAAACCCAAAGUUAAAUUGACUAUAUAUUUUUUACUUCAGUGGAUAAACAUUUUGUCUGAAUUUAGAUCAACCACUCUCAAAGAAAUACACAACCUAAACAUUGGCAAACUUUCAGGGAUUAUUUAGAUGUGAUUUAAAUCAUUACCUCUUCAGAGGAGAUGGAGGUGCUCUCACUUGCUGCAUGGCGGUUACUUUCUAGUUAAAAGAGACUGAUUUUAAUAAAAGAGAAAAUCCUUAAAACUUAUUGCACUGAAUUCCAUCUCUGAUAAAUUACUCAUUAUGCAAAACCACAAACCAUGAGGUGCUGCUCUUAAUCGACAUCCUGACUAAAGAAGAAAUUUUUUGUCCUUUUAUAGUAUUUCACAGUAAGAACAUAUGGAGAGAAGCAUAUUUUAUAACAUGGUUAGUUUGGUUUCUGCAGCAAUGUCACCACACUCACUGCAGUCUAUAAUUAUAAAAAAAAUUUUAUUUCAUGCCACCUUCAUAGGGUUUGAGAGGAACAAUCUUUCUGGGGAAAUCAGUUCAAAAAAAUGGUUAAAAAUCUAAUGAAAGAAGAUGCAACAACUGUAGAUGAUCUACCUAAAUAAUAAAACUAUGUAAUUGAACACCUAGAUGAUAAUACUAAAUAAAACCAUCUAAAUCUAUCUGCAGAUCUAGAAUUUAACCUGUGUUUCAUUUGGGAAAAUAAGCAAUUCUUCAGUUCUCUUUGAAAGGCAUGGGCUAGUACAAUGCGACUAGGCUGGUCCUCUACAGCACCCCUGCUCCCCAUCCACCCAGUUUGUUCAGGUUUCUAAGAAUUCCAGUUAUACUGACCAUGGGGUGAGUAUGAUCUUCUGGGGAAAAGGUCAGAGGGUGUGUCAAUUUUGUGUGCAAACUCUACAGGUAUUACUGAUGGGCAGCAUGCAAAUACACACACUGCUGCAUUUUACUCUCAACUAUAUGAAGCUAUGUGUGUAAUGUCAUUAAAAUAAUUCCGCAGACAUUCACAAAUAAGUAGUUCUUAGCAAGAGGAAAGCCCAUUUCCCACAGUGCCUGUGAAACCUCCACAGCUGGGAGAAAAAAAGGACCUAAGUGAUUUUCCAAGGGAUGUCAUUCUGGCAGCAUGACCGAGUUCAAUUUAUUUCUUUUUUUUGUUCUUCACCUCUAGAUUCCAGUAGCACCUCUUGCCAUUUCUUCUCCAUCUGCUCUUUGCACAUCAGGAAGACAUCUUCCAAGUGCUGCAUGGCAUUGGACAGGUCUGGGUUGGUCUGGAUGGCCACGCAGUCGUAGGCCAUCCAGGUUGCACGCACUGCAAACACAACAGGUAUUACUAUUUUCUAGACAGGAAAAAGCAAUGACUGAUUCAAUAAACAAAUUCAAUAAGCAAAUUCAAUUAAUAAAAUGAAUUAUUAUCAGUUCAGACCUCAGAGAAGGAUGAAAAAAAAAAUAGAAACUGCCUCCAUUAAUACUAGAUUAAAUAGACUGUUCAGUAUUACUUCUUUAUAAAUGUCUCAAAAUAGUUAAUAAUGAAAGUACCUGGAUGUAAAUUGCAAAACAAGGAUGGACACUUCAUCUAAAAAUGACAGCAAAACAGGUAAUCAAAUGGAAAGGGUCAAGAGAGUGUUUAAAAAUACAUGAAUAUUAUAUAAGGAAUCGUCCCUCCAGACUGGUUACAGCUUGUGUUAGGUGAGGAAGAAUAAGAUCGAGGACAUUGCAACAGAGAUGAAAUAUUUUAAGGACAACUUAAGUAAUGAAAUUGAUCUUGAAACAAUCAGUACCUUAAAUAAUGGAAUUGACUUUGAAAUAACAAGUAUCUGACAAAGCUGAGCAAAUAGUUUUAGCACUUAUGUACUAAUGUAUGCUUACAUACUUUCCCUUUUAUUUUACCAAGCAUUCACUAUAGUACACUGACCUGAGAGGUGAUAUGUAUCCAUUUUUUAGAAUUAAGUCUUGUUUUCCAGACUAUAUUUCAAUAAUUGUACAUUAAACACCUUAGUAAUAUUUCUGGUUUUAACCAACACUCUCAACUAAGCAUGCAUCACCUAUUGAUUUUUAAUUCUGUCCAUCUGAACCACCUGAAUUAUUUGCAUGCUUUUUCACAAUUAAGAACACGACGGCAUUAGUUGAUGGUGAUUGUUUUAAUUACAUUUCUAUCACACAGAAGUUUACAGAAUAAAUAUAAAAAUAAAUCUUCAGUGUCUUUAGUACAAAAAUCCAUAUAAUUCCUAACAAAGACCUAUACCUGCUAGUUUUUCCAUUUCCUCCAGAAGUUCCUCCAUAUCUGUUUUAAAGUUCUCCACCAUCUUUCCCCUGUUAUAAUAGCUUCCUUCCUGAGAUUCUGAUUCAGCCAUCUAUAAGGAAACCAGGAAUCUCCUGCUUUAUUUUACUCUAAAGUGAGUUGAUUUUCAUAGUUGAGACAAAGUAACAUUGCAAUAAAAAAUAUAAGCAUAUACUUUUUAGGUUUACAUGUGAAUUCAGUAAGAAUCUGACCUUAAGGUUACUGGUGAUCUGUAUGCUGCAUAUUACUUGUGACUCAUUUUGAAAUUAGUAGAAAGAAUUAGCUAAAAUACGCUGUGCCUGUGCAAAAUAAAUAUUUUUGGUAUCAGUAAUAAAGAUCAUUGUGUCAAACCCUU